ACACUUAGUACGCUCCCGAAACCAAUUGCCUCUCUCUCUAUUUCCUAGAUACCGGCUCUCCUUGAAUAUCUCUUUGGUAUCUGUAUUUUCUUGCUGUGUCCACUCGGCAUGCUUGUCCUUCACCUUGGAACAAGAGACCCAUGUCCUUCCCCUUUGAGAGAGAUCCAUGGUCAACCCUACUGUUGGUUACCUUCACUCUUCCUCCAUGGAUUUUCCUGUACUUCUUAUUCCUUCAUUUAUACUCUAAAGUCUAAACAGAUAUGAAAACCCAAUGCCCCAUAAAAUGUGAAAAACCAGAAGACCCCAAAAGGUGAAACCAGCUUUACUCUCUUCUCAUGGUUCCAUUCUGUUCUAACCCACCUGCGAAAUCUCUCAAUUUCAUCGUUCCAAUGUUGGGUCUUGGUCUUGUUGUCAUCUUCUUAUCUGGGCUCUUCGAAUUGCCAGCUGCAAAUGUUAAUCUGAUAGGAAAUUCUAAUCAAGUUGGGUCCAAUUCAGGUGAUUUUCUGAUUGCAGAUCACUUCACUGACAUGUUGGGUGCCUUCAAAAAGUGGGAUUCUAUGGUGGGUUGUGCUCAAUUUACACAGAAAUACAAGGAUUGGUCAUGGCAUAACUCCUCGAUGCAAGACCCCCAUGCCAUGAAAUGCGGGGAUCUUAAGAUGGGUCAUGUGAGUAUACUGGUUAAGGGGUGGACAUGGAUUCCUGAUAAUUUGGAUGGGAUGUAUUCAUGUAGAUGUGGGUUGACUUGCCUUUGGACCAAAUCUCCAGUUCUUGCUGAUAAGCCGGAUGCUUUUCUCUUCGAGACCACAACACCACCAUCUCGGAGACGCGAGGGAGAUCCACUCCGUGUGUAUAUGGAUCUUGAGGCUGGCAGGAAAUCAUCAGGCUAUGAGGAUAUCUUUAUCAGUUAUCAUGCAAAGGAUGAUGUGCAGUCAACAUAUGCUGGUGCUCUCUUCCAUAAUAACCGGAAUUAUUAUGUAUCUCCUCAGAAGAACAAUGACACACUGGUUUAUUGGUCUUCAUCGAGAUGCCUGCCGAAACGUAACCAGCUAGCGAGAGAGCUGCUCACCCUCCUUCCGCACCACUCUUUUGGCAACUGCCUCAACAAUGUUGGGGGCCCAGACAUGGCCCUGGCUUUCUACCCUGAAUGUGGGUCCCGCACAGGCCAUGCCCCAAAGUGGUGGGACCAUCUCCACUGUGCCAUGUCCCAUUACAAGUUCGUGCUGGCCAUAGAGAAUACAGAAACUGAAAGCUAUGUGACUGAGAAGCUCUUCUAUGCCCUCGAUUCAGGGGCCAUUCCUAUAUAUUUUGGUGCUCCAAAUGUGGCAGACUUCGUUCCUCCGCACUCUAUAAUUAAUGGGAAGAAAUUUGAAUCAUUAGGGGCUUUGGCCAAGUAUGUUAAGGCUCUUUCAAGCAAUCCUGUGGCUUAUGCAGAGUAUCAUGCAUGGAGGAGGUGUGGUGUGAUGGGAGGGUAUAGAAGCACAAGGGAGGUGAGCCUUGAUACAUUGCCAUGCCGCCUUUGUGAGGCUGUGAGCUCACGUGAAGGGAGACGAGCACGAACAUAGUGGAUGCAUUUUGGUUCUUUAAUUUUUAUGUAUUUCAUUUUUGUUAUGAGGGGUUUUGUGGUGAAUCCCAAUCCCUUUUAUUGUCAGGAAGAAGUUGGGUGCUGAUUAAUGAUAUCCAAAUAUGCAUAUGCCCUGA